CCUGAUAUAAUUGAAGUACUGGACGAGCAUAAGCAAAGAAGCGACGUGGGAAGCACCAAAAGGUGGCAAAAGAGGCCACUGGUCAACCCCUCACGUCCCCAAAAACAGAUUAAAACACACACACCCCACAACCAUUUCCUGUCUUCACAUUGGACCAUUUCCAACCAAACCAAUUUCACUAGUCGAAAAUAGUUGCGAAUUACAACACCGAUAUUUCUGCUUCCUCUUUUGCAUCUUUCUCUAUCUACUUUUUCCUCUACCUUUCAUCUUUGUUUUCCUUUUCCCUACAACCCUCUUCUUUAGCUUAGCCUUACCCCUGGAAAUGAAUCACAACCCUGACAAGUCUUCGAGUUUUAAGAGCGGAGACCAUGACCAUAAGAACUCGGUGCCACGGACGGAGUCCCUCAAGAGUUCCAAGGAAAAGGACCCUGCUGCAGCUGACAAGAAUGAAACUAAUGAACAAGGAGGGGAAGCAAAGGAAGCUGAGAUAAAAUACACCUUGGAAAAAGCUUGGGAGGACAUUCAACAUUUCUUGUCGGGGGAGGAGGGUCUAGAGAUUCCAGACAUCAUUGACAAGUAUUUGGAUCUCGUUGAACACAAAGUAUCUAGGCUUGAAGUGCCUGAAAAGUCCAAGGGGUGUCCUGUUCCUGAUCCUGAGGAUGAUGGGUGGUUUCAUAAAGUUGUGGAGCAGAUGUCUAAGCUGCAUAGACAUGUUUCCAUAGUCUUCAAAUCGGAUUCCAAUCGGGGUCCUCUGAUCAACCGCAUUGGGAGGAUUCACCAACGAGUUAUGAGUUAUUUGGAGGAUGAGUUCAGGGUUCUCCUGGAAGAGUCGAGAACCGUAGAGGCUGCUGCAGAUCAAAGCCCUGAUGCUGGUCAGGAUCAAGCAAAAGAGGAGCCCAACUUUCCAGGGUAUUCUAAACAAGUUUUGGCCACCUUGAAUAAAAUUUCCAAGCUGAUGAUUUCGGGGGGAUAUGAGUUCGAAUGCUACGAGGUGUACAUGGUCACCAGGAGAAAUACAAUUGAGGAGACCUUGAACAAGCUAGGAUUCGAGAAGAUUAGUUUGGAUGACAUACAAAGGAUGCAAUGGGAAGCAAUGGAAAGGGAGAUCCCUCCAUGGGUCAGGGCCUUCAAAGAAUGUGCUAAUAUCUACUUCUCGGCGGAGCACAAGCUCGCCCAAACCAUCUUCUCCGACAACCCUUCUGUAGCUAAAAGCCUCUUUGCCAACCUCAUCCGUGUCCUCUUUCUUCAACUCCUCAAUUUCGCUGAAGCUGUUGCCCUUAGCAAGCGUUCCACUGAGAAACUCUUCAAAUUUCUUGACAUCUAUGAGACCUUGCAAGAUCAUUCUUCCGCCAUUGAUAGUCUGUUUCCUGAAGAAUGCGCCAAAGAGCUCAAGGCAGAGUUAACGGCGACUCGGAGCAAGAUUGGCGAAACCGCGAUUUGCAUUUUUUGUGAUCUUGAGAAUUCAAUCAAGUCUGAUACAGGAAGAACCCCAGUUCCUGGAGGGGCAGUUCAUCCUUUAACUCGCUAUACAAUGAAUUAUCUCAAAUAUGCAUGUGAUGAGUAUAAGGACACCUUGGAGCAAGUUUUCAAGGAACAUUCAACGAGCAAGCCUCGGGAUUACCAAGGCAACUCUCAGAGCAACAAUGAUGAAAAUCAAUCCCCAUUUUCAAGGCAUUUGAUAAAAAUAAUGGACUUGUUGGACUCCAUUCUAGAGGCAAAGUCUAAGCUUUACAAGGACGUGGCCUUGAGCAAUAUUUUCAUGAUGAACAAUGGACGAUACAUCUUGCAGAAGAUCAAAGGGUCUCCGGAGAUCCACCAAGCGAUGGGGGAUGACCGGUAUAAGAAGAGAUCAUAUGAACUUAGGAACUACCAUCAGAGUUACAAGAGAGAGACUUGGAUGAAGCUCUUAGAUUGUUUAAACAUGGAGGGGCUGAACGUGAAUGGGAAGGUGGUGAAACCAGCGCUGAAAGAGAGAUUCAAGAGCUUCAACGCCAAGUUCGAAGAAAUUCACAGGACCCAAAGCUCGUGGGUGGUGUCCGAUAAGCAAAUGCAAUCUGAGCUGAGGGUUUCCAUAGCAGGUGUGAUUAUACCAGCAUACAGAUCCUUCUUGGGAAGGUUCUCGGGAUACUUGACCCCUGGAAGACAAACAGAGAAGUACAUUAAGUUCCAGCCUGAAGAUAUAGAGGCUUACAUUGAAGGACUGUUUGAUGGAAGCACUAGUUCCAUGCCAAGGAGGAAAGCAUAAUUGAGAAAUCAUUAAAGAAAGGAAAAUUCGGCCCUUUUUGUUUUCUAUCAAGAAAACCAAAUCAAGGUGGUAAGGAUUUGGGAGCUCUUUUUCUCUUCUUUUUUUGUUGUUGCUUUUAGGGGGCUAAGAUGCUUGAAUUAGAUGUGCAUAUGCCACCAUAGUAACUAAACACGCAGUUUGGUGAUUAGCCGGUAUACAAUUAUUUUGCUCUUUUCUUCCAAAUUCAUUGAACCUACUCCAACUUUAUGAUUUUGAUCCAUGUAAUUUCUUCUUGCAUUUUUCUAAACCUUUUUCAAGUACUCGUAUGAGGAACAUGAUUUUGAUUGUAACCUUUUUCCUUGGUGAUUUUGAUUUGUGUAGCUUCAAUUACUUUUUUAAUAAAAGAGGAGCUCAAACCCUAACA